AUGUUCAAAUCAAACGUGAAGGAGACUUAUGAAAUGUCGAGUGGAUGUAAACAUGCUCUGGUAGUUCUCAUGUGGGUACAUCGAAGGAGCGAAGAUCCUGCACCUACAGAAAUAGCAUGCUAUUGGAAAAAAUCUCGUUUGUCAGGUGUAGGCACGACACUCAAAUAUGUCGAAGUCAAGGAUUUGGGCAUUCAGAAAGUAUCGAGAUUAAAACAAACAUCCAUUCCCAAUAAUAGCACUUUUUUACACGACGUUCUGCAACUGGCAGAAAGUAAACAAAUUGAUUCUCAAAUUUCACGACUACACAUUGACUUGAAAUGUCUGAAAACAAAUAAUUUAUCGUUGCAUAGACUCCUUUUAAAAUUUUACUUAAAUGGAGGUCUGAUGUCAAGAGAUUUUCUUACUUUUGCUAGUUCCGAGAUGACUCAAGUCUUAUGUGAUGAAGCUGAACAAUUGACACAAAAUCAGAGUGAUUGCCCACUGUGGUACGAACUCCGAUAUAGAAGGAUUAUAGCUUUUAAGCUGUAUGAAGCAGCACAUUGUACAACAAACAAUGGAUCGUUUGUUAAACAGGUAAUAGGGGCGAGUAAGGUACAUGAAACAACUGCAAUGUUACGAGGAAAGAACUUGGAAAAAGUGCUGGUAGAAGUAGAACGCAAACUAAAUAUACGAAUUAAGGGUGCUGGACUGUAUUUAUUACCAAAUUAUCCAGUUCUUGGUGCAUCGCCUGAUGGUAUAACCAACGAAUACAUCGUGGAAAUAAAAUGUCCGUUGAAUGAAAAAACGUUGGAAAAAUUCUUGUCGAAAGAUAAAAUUAUCAAUCCUAAAUAUAUACCACAAAUGCACUUACAAAUGUUAGCUACAGGAAAAGAAAAAGGAUUGUUUUGUGUGGCUGAUCUAGCUUUUGAAAAAUCGAAAAGUGCACAUGCAGUGGCUUGCAUAUGA